AUGGCCGUUUUGACCCCUGCGACAUUAACCGUUUCGGAAUGGCCGCAUUACGCCGCUGACAGAUGCGUGAUGUGGCCCUCAGCGCCACUGGUGAUCCGGCUGGUGGCCGUGUCACUAGUGGCGCUUGCCUUUGCCGACCCUGGCAGUGGCAACGGCACCUCAGUCACCACACCACUUACCACGGUAAAGCCAGUCCUGACGGCGGCACCGUCACGGCGCCAAGAGCGCAGACAACGCAACCGCCGGCGCACCACAACCACCACCACCACCACCACGGAACAUUAUGAUGAUGAAGAGGACAUCACAACACCAUCAACCACUACCAUUGACCCAAGGACUUUGGAUCAUACCGACGUGGGUGUCUGCGAGGUGCCCCUGGGUAUGGAGAGCGGGAUGAUAUCCAAUGAAUCUCUUUCCGCUAGCUCCAGCUACGACCAGAGUGUGUCGCCUCUCAGCUCGCGGAUCCGCACUGAAAUCCGCGGCGGCGCGUGGUGUGCGAACGGCCUCAUAUCACCGGAGAACCGCCAAUUUCUGGAAAUAGAUCUGCGUGAUGAAUAUCUUAUCACGGCCACCGAAUCGCAGGGACGGUUCGCCAAUUCGGUCGGAGUGGAAUUCGUGGAGAGCUACUCGGUCGAGUACUGGCGCGCGGCGCUUAACCGCUGGGUCAAAUACAAAGACUUCAAUGGAAGCCGGCUCAUACCCGGCAACGUCAACACGUACACACCAAGGAAGACCACACUCGAAGCUCCUUUCGUGGCUUCGAAAGUGCGGUUCUUCCCGUACGCAGCGCACCCGAGGACCGCGUGCAUGCGAGUGGAACUAUACGGAUGCCGUUGGAAACAGGCGAUAGUGUCGUACUCAGCGUCGAAAGGCGGCGACAUGCAGGCGAUGACAGGUGGCGCGCGCUUCGAAGACAUGUCGUAUGACGGCGUGAUGCGAAAUGCGAGGCUCGUCGACGGCCUCGGGCAGAUCACGGACUCUCUCCUCGGGCCCAAUGAUUUUGAACUGCCUGACCCCAGUGACACUAGCGGAACACGUUGGGUCGGCUGGAACCGGUCCAUGCUGGUCGACGAUGAAGCUGAAAUGACGUUCAACUUCAGCUCAACACGGGUGUUUUUCCACAUCGACAUACAUACGAACAACAUGUUUACUAAAGACGUACAACUCUUCAAAGAAGCCGAGAUAUACUUCUCUCUAGAAGGAGAGAGAUGGCAAGAAGAUUACGUGUCUUACGAGCCCAAGCAAGACAAAGUGUCUGAGCACGCGCGCGUCGUCCGCGUUGAUCUACAGAACAGAACAGCACAGCACAUCAUGCUGAAGUUCAGAUUCCAGCACGAAUGGAUACUGAUAAGCGAGAUCACUUUCAAAUCCGCACCGACAGUGGUCAAUGCAUCGGUGGAAUUCCUAGAAGAAUACUAUAGAACUGAUAUGCCACCAUCAUCCAGAAAGAAACGCAACUCCUCACUGCGAGUGUCAGUUGGACUGGCCUGCGGAGCCCUGGUAGGAGGAGGAGCGUUCAUAGCCGCCACUGCAGUACUGCUGACUAAACGCACCAGGCGUAGAAUACCGAACGUCCUGAAGAAACCUUUCUGCCCAUCCCUUAGACAUGGGAACUCAAAUUCGAGGAACAAUCGUAGAGCACCAAGACUCGCGUUGGCUCUCGCCAACUGCCCGCCCAUCCACAUGCUACGACCUGCCGUGGUGGAUGAGGACUACAGAGAGCCGUACAACAUCUGGAGAGAGACGCUCGGACGCCGUGACAAGAGAGAAGUCCACGACCAGAAUGAGUAUAACGAAAUCUGCGAGGACACAGAGUUUCCGCGUCCCUACAUGAUGAAACGACCUGAUCCGCACGAGAGUUUCUAUGCUGCCACCGACAUUAUACAUCAUACGUAUCCGGACGAGCGUGCAUGCCGCCGAGAGCGGCCGGCCCCCGGGCUGUUCACCUCCAUCAAACUUCCUGAGGCCGAGCCCCCAAACGGAGUGGCGCCCCUGCUCGACUUCCCGCGGGGGCGCAUGCGACCAGUUACCUUCCUAGGCGAGGGACCUCAUGGCAGUUUAUUUUAG